CCGUCUCGGCAUCUUUCUUUAAACAGUUCCGGCGUGUCAUGGUUCGCCGUUGCUUUAGAUUUUCUUUCUGAAUAGUGUUUUGUUAUUUUAAAAAAGGAAUUUUAAAUCAAAGAUUAUCGGUUACAUUCAAUACCGUGUUUGUUUAUUCAUAUUUUGUGCAACUGUCAAUUCAAAUAGGGUUUUUUUGGUUGCUGGAGAAGAAACAAGGAAGUGUCGAGAUGGUGGUCUUGACUUCAGCCGGUGGAUAGAGCGAAAAGAGGAUUAGUACGGAAGGAUGCCACACGCUGACGGAGUCUUCAGCUCAAGGAAACGGCUGGCCCCUGUGACUGGUGACGUAGCUGAUUGUUGGUCGUUUCGAAGGAGACCAAAAAGAUGCCCCCUGACCUCCUUGCGUUUAACAGAAAACAGUAAACAAAAACAAAGCGCCUGACUACCUCUGUUCAUCUUUUCACAUUAGGGAAUUUGAAGAGAUUGAAAAUAAUUCAACAGAACAAUGAAUAUUUUAUCUGCUAUAAUCGUGUUUGAGAACCUCCAUGAGGUGAAGAGACUCUGUCACUGGGGUCCCGUCAUCGCUCUGACGGUCAUUGGCGUGUGCUCGUCCAUGGCUGUUUUGGACUCGAUUAUCUGGUACUGGCCACUGGACACCACUGGAGGAAGCAUUAAUUUCAUCAUGCUUAUUAACUGGACUGUCCUCAUUCUUUACAACUACUUUAAUGCCAUGUUUGUGGGCCCUGGCUGCAUUCCUCUGGAGUGGAAACCAGAGGCCCAACAAGACACGAUGUACUUGCAGUUCUGUAGAUUGUGCCGAGGUUAUAAAGCCCCCAGGUCACAUCACUGUCGCAAGUGUAACAGGUGCGUGAUGAAGAUGGAUCAUCAUUGUCCAUGGAUCAACAACUGCUGUGGACAUUUGAAUCAUGCAUACUUCACCAGCUUCCUCCUGCUCGCUCCGCUGGGCUGCAUACAUGCUGCCUUCAUCUUUGUCAUGACCAUGUACACUCAGCUGUAUGAUCGGAUCUCUUUUGGAUGGAGCUCAGUGAAGAUUGACAUGAGUGCUGCUCGGCACAUCCAUCAUCCCAUAAUGCCUUUCAGCAUUGCAGCAUUUGCAGCCACUCUCUUCUCAUUAGGACUAGCACUUGGUACCACUAUUGCUGUUGGUAUGCUGUUUUGUAUUCAGAUGAAGGUGAUUCUGCGAAACAAAACCUCAAUCGAAGUGUGGAUUGAGGAGAAAGCCAAAGACAGAAUCCAAUACUAUCAAACCGGUGAAGAGUUCAUCUUCCCCUACGACCUGGGUAGCCGAUUGGAGAAUUUCAAGCAGGUGUUCACCUGGUCUGGAACCCCAGUGGGAGAUGGGAUUGAAUGGCCUGUGCAUGAGAAGUGUAACCAGUACACUUUAACUAUUGAGCAACUGAACCAAAAACAUGAUAAGCGUCAAAGAAGUGUUGAAUACAGAGUAGUGGAGGACUACAAUGGGGCUUGUUGCCCUUUGGGAAAAGGACUGAAUACAUUCUUUAGGACUCCGUGUACAGAAGAGCCCAGAAUCAAACUGACAAAGGGAGCGACCAUCUUAGCUACAAGAGGAACAAAGUGGUGGAUGUAUGGAGACAAAGUAUUGAAUGAGGAGCAGGCGAAAGCUGGAGUUCGUGUUAGAGGAUGGUUUCCACGGCGAUGUGUCGAAAAGUGUCACUAUGACUCUGCAGAUAAUUCGACCAGUGACGAAAAGAAAGAACAGUGAUACAGAACUGUUGAAUUUCCGCUUGAACGGAGGACCUCAUGUUAGGGACAUGUGUAUGAAGCAGUGAUGCAAAUUUUUAAUCCGAUUUUUUUUCUAAAACCGUUCACCAGCACAAAGUUUUAAUGGCAAAUCAACAGAUUCUGGCACCCCAAAGUUAACUUGUGUCAUUUCCAAAGAACAGGUGCCACAGAAAUAGGCACAAGACAAAGAAAUGUGAAUAUAAAAUUAUGAUUGGACGUAUGGUAUCAGAUUAUCAAGAUGUUUACUUCAAACUUAUUUCUUAAUUCUUGGCAUUUUCUUUCUCGCCUACUCUCUCUCUCUCUCGCUCUCUUUGAUGCCCACAGUGAUUAUGCAACGUCUUUCUCCAGUUGUAACAAAGUCUUAAGUCAUGCAAAUUGUCUGAAUUGUUUGUAUAGUAGAAAUAACAAUUUUAUUUUUGAUUACGUUUUUGUAAAACUGAAGUCAACCUUGCUGAAGUUUUCCGGAACAAAUACACCAUGCUCUGUACAGUUAUUUUGUACGCUUAAUUUUGUUUUUAUUUUAAAUGGAAAGUAACAACAAAUUUGUUUCCAAUCCACAAAUCCUCCCUCUGUGCUUCAUAUAUGAAAAUAUAAUUACAUAAAACAUGUUGAAGUAUUCAUGUUUUUAGCAUUCCUCCUAUGAAAGAAAUAAACAACCUUUGAUAAUCAAAAGA